CGCAGGCGCAGCGCGAUGCGGAGAGGCCUUCGCCUCAUGGCCGCCGCGCUGGGCAGCAGGAGCGCGGCCGGGCCUGCGCCUGCGCCUGCCUCUGCGCCGCGCAUCGGCACCCACGACGGCACCUUCCACUGCGAUGAGGUGCUGGCGUGCUGCCUGCUGCGGCUCCUGCCCCGCUACCGGGACGCAGAGGUGGUGCGUACCCGGGACCCCCAGCGCCUGGCCCAGUGCGACGUGGUGGUGGAUGUAGGGGGUGAGUACGACCCCGAGCGACACCGCUACGACCAUCACCAGAGGUCCUUCACACAGUCCAUGAGGAGCCUCCGGCCUGACAAACCCUGGACCACAAAGCUGAGCAGCGCCGGGCUGGUCUACUGCCACUUCGGCUCCCAGAUCCUCGCGGAGCUCUUGGGGCAGCCAGAGGACGGCACUGUCGUGACAGUGCUCUAUGAUAAGCUGUAUGAGAACUUCGUGCAAGAGAUUGACGCCAUCGACAACGGCAUCGCGCAGGCGGAGGGGGAGCCCCGCUACGCCCUUACCACCACCCUCAGCGCUCGUGUGGGCCACCUGAACCCCCGCUGGAACGACCCUGACCAGGACACCGAGGCAGGGUUCAGGCGGGCGAUGGAGCUGGUCAGGGGCGAGUUCAUGGACCGGCUCGACUACUACCACCGUGCCUGGCUGCCUGCGCGGGUACUGGUGGAGGAGGCCAUCCGGCGCCGCUUUGAGGUAGAUGCCAGCGGGCUGGUGCUGGAGCUCCCACAGGGUGGCUGCCCCUGGAAGGAGCACGUCUUCAGCCUGGAGCAGGAGCUGGCGCUGCCGGAGCCCCUCCAGCUGGUGCUGUUCCCUGACCGCAGCGGGCAGUGGCGGGUGCAGAGCGUCCCAGCGGGGCCACACACCUUCCAGAGCCGCCUCCCUCUGCCCGAGCCCUGGCGAGGGGUCCGGGACGAGGCGCUGUCCCAGCUCGCCGGCAUCCCCGGCUGCGUCUUCGUACACGCCAGCGGCUUCAUCGGAGGCAACCGCACACGGGAAGGGGCCUUGGAGAUGGCCCGGCAGACGCUGGCGCAGCAGCACGAGGGGGGAGCGCAGAGCGGAUGAGCCCCCUCCCAUCAUAGCCACCCAGAAGGGACCCCUGGCCCAGCGGGGGGGGGUUCCAGGGAUGCCCGAGACCAUCCCCACUCAGCACAUGUAAUGGGAUCGCACUGGGACACUAGAAUGGAGCGGUUUGUCCGGCAGGGGGGCCAGGCUACCCCCAGCAGUGCCGCUGCUCCCCCCCCCAGCGCUGGACUGGUGUGAGCCCAGUCACAGCCCCAACCAAGAGACUCUGGACCUGUUUCUCUGAAGAUUGUCCCCAUUCCAUUUGUAUCUGCUGGCCGGUGGGUUCCAAACACCAGUAAAAAAAAAGUGUGUUCCCA